GAAUUUAAAAGGAUGUCUACACAAUUGGAAUUUAUUAUGCAACUAUACAUGAUGAAUUUGUUGCAACAACAACAACGGCAGCAGCAACAACAGCAACAACAACUUUCAGUGCCUAGUUCUUUAAAACCUAAGGAUUUAAACAACUGCCAACAACCUUCAUUAACACAACCGGCCGUUCAAGCUUUGCUAGCCCAACAAUCAUCACUAUCAUCUAUAGUUACAAGGACACAAAAACGCAAAAAUUCGCAAAACACCAACUGUAGUAGUAGCCGUAGUUGUAGCCCCAAUAGUAAUUUAAGUCCCAUAUCAACUAGCACUACAAUGCUUACCGCACCGCCCCUUCCAUCUCUGGCUCCUUCCUCUCCCACAACUAUUAAUCCCUCCUUAGCUACGACUAAUUUUACUAACACUGCCAAUAGUAGCAGUGCAGCUAUUCAACAAAUCUUAUUCAAUAAUUUGCCGCCUUUAACACAGUUUAUGUUAAUGCAACAACAGCAACAAAACCAAGUACAAUCUGGCUUAACUACCACUAAUUCCCUGCUAUUAACGCCUACAACUCCUAAUUCUAGGUCUCCCAGCAUUCAUAAAUCUCUUCCUCCUCCUUCUGUUCUGAAUAUGGACAAUUUUCUGUCCAACAAUUUAUUAUUGAAUGGCUGCUCUGCGACUUUACCGUCUUGUGUUCCGUUUGCAAAUUCUGCCGUAGCUUCUGGCCCAUAUUUCCCUAACGCUUUUAGCGCUGUGGUUAAUAACCCAUUUAUAGGCUCACAAAAUUUUCUACAUUCAUCUACAGUGACAUCAACCCCCGCAUCUGCCACCGAGAAGGUCUUAAUGAGAGAUGGCGCCAGGACUAAUUUACAACAGAUGCCUGCUCAAUCGGACAUUUCGGUGUUAGGUGACGAGGAUGCCAAUGAUUUAAAACUAAUAAUUACCACUACAAGCGAUUCUGCGUCACAACAGCAUACAUCCCCAGAUGGAGAUCAACCCCCAUCUGGUUUGUAUAACAGCUCUUUGCUUCACACAAGCGAAAUUAAUACCACUACUAACUGUGACAGUGGUGGUACCAGCAGCCAUUGUGCUUCAAAGGUGUUGCUUAACCUAGGUACAGAGGCUUUGGAAGAUAUUUCGAACUCAAUGCAUGACAAUGAACAGACGUCACUCACAACCCCACCCAUAUCCAACCUUAAUGCGGUAUCCCCUCCUCUAUCUAACGCCAAAGCAGAUGAUGAAAAUUCUAAUGUUACACCAGUGACGUGGAAGAAUGUCAUUCUUACACCGCCCUCUAGUGAGCAAUUAUCUUCUUCCGCGAUUACGGUGAAUACAUUUGAAUCUUCAACAUCUAACGCUAGCAUAAAUCCCCAGACUUCAACUCCUUUGCUUGCCUGUCACUUCAAUGCCAACACUAACACUACGUCAUCUUCAUCUUCCUCCUCGACUGGUGUUGAUUCCUUCCUAACAGAAGAGAAUUUAAAACAUUUAAGAAAAUAUUCCUCAUAUCUGGAAUGCAAAAGCGCGUUGUGCCGCCAAGAGAAUUUACGUGAACAUUUUCAUUGCUUCGAAGAACCCUGCAAGGGAAAAAUUCUGAGUAAAAAAGAUGAUAUUAUACGUCAUCUAAAGUGGCAUAAGAAGCGCAAGGAGAGCUUGCUAUUGGGUUUUGCUCGCUUCUCCUCUUCUGAUGAUUGUGAACCCUCUUAUGGUUCAGGUUGUGCUUACAAUUGGAAGCAAACACAUUAUCACUGUGUAUACGAAGAAUGCCCGAAAGUAUAUGUCAGCACUAGUGAUGUACAAAUGCAUGCAAAUUUUCAUCGCAAGAAUUCGGAAAUUGUUCAAGAAGGUUUUCGCCGUUAUCGAGCUCAUGAAAAUUGCAAAGUAGAAGACUGUCCGUUCUACGGCAAGAAGACGUCACACUAUCAUUGCUGUCGGGAUGGUUGCAAUCAUACAUUUAAAAAUAAAGCAGAUAUGGAUAAACAUAAAACCUACCAUUUAAAGGAUUCUCAAUUGAUACAAGAUGGUUUUAAGAAAAUCCUAAAAACGGAGCCAUGUCCGUUUGAAGAUUGCAAGUUCUCGGGUAUAUCCAAUCACAUACAUUGUGUAAGGGAUAAUUGUAACUUCAUAUUGCACUCCAGCACCCAAAUGAUUAGCCACAAACGUAAACAUGAUCGUCAAGAAGGCGAACCUGGCCUGAAGGGUCAAGUCGAUUCCAAUGAGGAAGAGUCGUCGCCAAAGCCCUCAGUAUCAGUUUUGAGUCAGGUUGCUGCAUCAAGUAGUACUUCUACGCCGUUGUCUUCUCUAACACCAGAAAAUUUCUUGGCACGCAAACGAGGAAGACCCCCAAAGAAAAUUCAAUUGCCCGCGGAAUCCAGUAGCGAUAUCAAGCGCAUAAAAUUAGAGACUUCGGAUGAGAAUUCCAGUACUCAAGUAACAGCGCCCGCAUGUGCAGUGCCAACCCUGACCAGUUUCAUGCCAAAUUUUAAUCUUCCCCUCCCAUCAACAGCUACGAUAUCUGAUACUAACCAACCAAAUUUUCAACUGACUCAUCUAAUGGCUCUGUUUCAAUUACAGAAUCCACUCUUCUAUCAAAAUCUCUAUCCUGGUGGUCUUAACGCAGUUAAUAUGGCCAAUUUGUUGGGUGCUGCUGCCGCUACCACCUCGGUCACUAAUGUCCAACCAUCCAUUAUUAAUCCAACAAAUUCGCCGAACUCCGUUGAUAACAUCAAACAGGAGCUUAAUGAAAAGCCCGAACAUAAAGACUGA